AUGGUUCAGCUACCUGCGUCGAAGCGUGCGGCCACUGAGGAGCAGAUGAAGGCUCUGGCCCAGCAAAGCAAGGAGGCUGAAGAGAAGCUCAUAGCACAGAAGAAAGCGAAGCGACCGGCUGACAAGUCGAGAUCCUCGGCGUCUAUGGCGGCCCUUGUUCGACAAGGCUUGGCUGGUGGGGACACCAUGGCUCUUGAUCGGGUCCUUCAUACUACCAACAAUGCUGUUAUGGCAGCUACUGCGAGGGACAUCACUGGUCCAGAAGCUGCACAGAUAUUGUCGCACAUUUGCAUCGCUUUGGACAAGUCUCCCGCUCGGGCCGUGGUCCUGUCGGAAUGGACACGCAAUCUGCUGUUGGUCCAUGCUGGCUACCUCUCUGGGCAUCCUGAGGACACCAAAGCAGUUAUUGCUCCCUUGUUGGCGUCCUUCCACCAACGUACUGCGUAUUACUCUGCUUUGUCCAAGCUGCACGGUAGAGUCCAAGCAGUGAUUAACGUAUGCACUACUCAACAGCGUGCAGCUAAGGUGGCCCCUCCCGAGCCCUUGGCGAAGUACGUCGAGUCCCCUAACGGUGGAGAUGAUGCUGCCUAUGAUAAUGACGUUGCUAUGGAGACAGACGAGGACAGUCUUGACGCGAUGGAUUCGGAAAGCGACGAUGAUGGGGAUGACGAAGGGUACGGUGGAGCUAUUGAAUGCCUUAUACCUAAGGGGUUUGCCGACUCCAGCACUGUACGGACUGUGCCUGAUUACCAGGAGGUCUUUACCAAUGUGGUAGACGAUUCUGGUGCUAGUCUUGUGAUCGAGUUGUUGAACUUCGUAGAGGAGCUCAAGGAGUCUGAUGAGGUUGCAAGGCACUUCUUCAGCGACCUAGCCGAAGCCACUGAUAGUGUAUCGUAUGACAUCGACGAGAUUAGCUGUCGGAAGGCAGCGAAUGGAGACUCCCUGGGAAUGCACCUCCUACACGUGUUGUUGGCAGGUUAUGGUGAACGGGCGUCAUAUACACGACAAGGAAGGACUCAAAUGGACACCAUUGGCGAUGGGGAUAAGGCGUAUGCCACGUCAGCCGACUUGAGCAUCCCCUCGCUGCCGGCGCGGUUUGCAGUACGUACAGUACCUGGUCGAGACGCCACUGAGCCUUGGAGGCACUUCGAGGAAUGGCAGACGGACCGAGCCUUUGAUUCAUUCGAGCACAGGCGAGCGAAUAGUCCUAUCACGCGACCACCCAUGCCCGAAGUGUCGACUACAAGACCCACUACAGGAAGUGACAGAGUCUCUGGAGGAAGAACUGUGACACCCGGUGGAGGGCCAGCUCCGGCCGUGACCAUGCCGGGUAUUGAGGUGAACCCACACAGUCCGAGGGAUGUGCAGAAGGAUGACAGUAGUAGCAUCACCAAACCAGACACGACCGGCCCCGAUACUGCUGCCCUGCAAGCUGAACCCACUGGAGCGUUCAACGCUAAUGACUUCUUUGGGAAACGCGAGCAAGACUGCCGUGACUCGUGCGGUGAAACCACCUGUGUUAGUGUCUUGUCGGACGAGGCCAGGGACGCCGCCGGGAACCGCCUGCCAGAAGCGAUGUGGAUGGGUAACGAGACCGACCCAUCGCUCAAUACCUGCAUAUGCUAUAAUAAGGACCUCAUCUCUGAUGAGACUUGUGAAAGCGAUUGCGGUUUGUAUGGCAACUACAUCCAAUCGAAGCCGCACAAGGAAGCCUACAGUAGAACGUGCAAGAAAAUGUGCGGGCUUAUCAAGGAGAUGCGCAUAGAGGUUGAAGAAGGGAGGUCAUUCUUCUUGCCAAUGAUGCUUCCCUCUGCUUCACGGUUCGGUCUACAAAGCUUUGGCAGAAAUUUUUGCUCAGCUGCUGCUGUCGGUGGUAGUAGCACUGUUAAGCGAAUAAAUAACUACGCGGAUUACGAGGCGUUGAAGCAGACGUCUCACAUGAUGGUUGGAUGGUUCGCGGCGAAGUGGUCUACUGGUGCCAAGAUGUUCGAGCCGGAGUUUGAGAAGCUCUCGACAAGUUACCCUGAGGCUACUUUUUAUAAAGUUGAUAUGGAUGAGGUCCCUACCGCGGCAUACGAUAUGGAAGUUGAAGACUCCCCGCAGAUUGCGAUUCUUCCAUUAGGGUGGAAGCCGGAUGGAAGCCGUUUUGACAAGACGGAUCUCAUCUCUAUUCGAGCAGAGCUAGGGCGCUAUGAUCGUGUGGUUGCGAAGGCGAAGGAGGCUUUGGAGCAAAUCAAGCUCGGCAAGAAGGAAGAGGAACCCAAGCCAUGGGUGUUCGAUCCCUCGACGGGCACUACCUUGCCGGCUCAUCAGAGCUACUAGGUAGUAGUAGUAGUCCUCUGUAGGGGGUGACAGUCGGGCCGUGUCGUGUUGUGACUGACCUGACGGACGUGACAUUGUUGUUGCAUUUCGUGCACAUCCUGUUCACUGCUUUGAAGAGAGGGUAGUGUGGGUGUUUCUCGGG